AUGACGCAGGCACACAGCACGGACGUUGCGGCAGUUGACGAGAGCCCUGCGCGAGCGGGAAUUAUUCUCAGGCUGGAGCUGUAUAACUUUAUGUGUCACGCCGCGUUCAAGCUUGACUUUGGCGAGCAGACAAACUUUAUCAUCGGCCGCAACGGGUCGGGCAAGUCGGCGAUUUUGACCGGCAUAUCUGUGGCUCUGGGGGCCAAGGCAAGCGAUACAGACAGGGGCAACUCGCUGAAGGGUCUGAUCAUGCACGGCAAGAACGUGGCGCGAGCGAUCGUGACGUUCAAAAACGAGGGCCCCGAGGCGUACAGACCGCAGGAAUACGGCAAAAUCAUUACGAUCGAGCGUGUGCUGAAGGCAGAUUCGAGCCCGUCGUGCCAAAUUAAGGACGAGACGGGCAAGGUGCGAUCGACGAAGAAGCAGACGAUCGACGACAUUCUCGACUACUACGGCAUCACCAUCGGCAACCCGAUGACCAUCCUGACACAGACGGAGGCCAAGACAUUUUUGGCACACUCCACGGACGAAGGUAAAUUCCGGUACUUCAUGGAGGGCACGAGACUCCAGGAGACGUUCAAUAACGUGCAGGAGCUGCAGAAAGACGUGAGCGAGAUCAAGCUGAAGCUGGCGCAGGACGAGGAGAUUUUGCACGAGUCCAAGGCCAAGCUGGACCGAGCGCUGGAGCUGUGGAACAACUUCAAGAACUCGGACGAAUUCAAGAAGCAGCAGGAUCUGCUUUCUGGGAAACGGCUGUGGCUGGAGGUUGUGAACAAGGAGGAGCAGCUGCGGCUUGCAAAGAACCUGCUGGAGGAGCGGCAGCGCGAGAUGGAGAACUCGGACAAGUUUGUGGCCGAUGCGGAG